AUGGCCGACUUAAGGUUGAUACCCGUGUAAUCUGGUUUGGCAGACUAUAACUAGCGCCAUGCAUCCGAAACCGGUGAAGUCAAAGGUGGUGGCCUCUAGGCUUCUGGCAAAGAAGUCAAACGCCAUGAAAGAAAUUGAAGAGUGGGUUAUGAAGGAUGUUUCUCUAAAUGACGCCGCUUCACGGAUCGGCAAACUACCAGAAAACGUCACGGAAGAACGGAUGUUUAAAUCGAGACUUUUUGAUAUUGGGAAAGAAAGAUAUAAAUAUCUGAGUAAGAAUGCUUACGAGAUGAAGAUGUUUUCCGACAAAUAUAAAAAGAAAAUGGCACUAGCGCGCCAACAGUUGCAGUCUCAUCAUCGAAGUCUAUCUGCGAAUGACGUAACACGUCCGGCAAAAUCGGACAUCGACAGGGCCAGACUCAGCCUUGAUCCCCGGAUGUUACGUAGAACACAGGACACAAAUCAUGACAUGGAGGAGGGUACAACACCAACCCUGACCAGGUCCAAAACCGUGUCCUUCUUACCAUCCACAUUAAAUAAACAACAAUCUGACCUUUCACAGCCGCGGACAAGCACUCCAGCACGCGCUAACAGUCAACAGGCAUUGUUUAAAGCUUUGAGAGAGAAAUCCCAGUUUAAUUCCCGGCCACUGUCACGUGGGACGUCCUUUAAUCAAACACCAAGGUCAGACGAUGACUCCUCUAGCAAAUCUUGGGUAAAAAGGAAUAAAUUCUCCAAAUAUGGCGGGAAAGUUCCGGGAGUGACAGAAGACCCCAGAUAUGCCCAACUGGAAGGAUCCUUGUCGCAUUUCUAUCAGGGGAAACCAGGCUCGCUGGAGUCACAACCGGAUGUCAAGCAAAUCGUCAACAGCAUUGGGUCAUUGCAUAAGCCGUCAAGGAACAUCAAAGAAGUUAGACCAAAACUUACGCUGAAACUACAAGCAUUCAUGAAGGAACGUGGAAUAGUGUUUUAAUGGGUAAACUUUAGCUAUUGUUUAUUGAUAUCGGCUGGAUUGAGUGAGAACAAUUACCCAUUGUUUCGCGUGAUAGGAUACGAUUUGUAUUCUUUCCUUGGUGAUCCGUGACACAAGGUUGCACGUGUCAUUCUAUCGCCAUUACGUACCUAAAGACAAAAUGCGUGUCUUCUUUUGGAAUAUAUUUUUUUUAUGUUACAUUUACAAAUAUACACAAUUUUCUAGACUCUAGAUUGAAACUCCUAAAGCGUCUGAACUGUACAAGUUGUUUAGCACUUCAUCGGAUCUUCCAUAAUAUCGCCACACCAAAUGUGCAUUGACAGAACACACAAAGUCUAAAUAUAUAGAUUUCAUUUAUAUCUGGGCUCAACUCGAAAUUCAUCUUAUUUUAUUUUGAGUGAAAGUUUAGCCUAAAUUCAUGAUUGUAGACUUGAAGUUUCGAAAAAAAACCUGGAAAUUAUAUUUUACUACCACUGACUUGUGAUUGGAUAUGGAAUUUAUCUCUGAUUGUGGAUCAAUUUGUCGUCGAGGAUUAUCAUGUCCGACAGCAUAAACUGUAUAAAUGGCGGAAUUGGUAGAAUUGACUUAUACCUAUAACUGAAGAAAUUAUAAUAAUUUAUAUUGACUUCCGUUGAAUAAACAUUAUUGUUUA